AUAGAAGGCCCCACACCUGUUUCUGCUCUCUUACAUUCCAGCACUAUAGUUGUGGCUGGAAUUUUCCUAAUAAUUCGAUUUCACCCUAUAUUAACUAACAACCCCAUAAUCCUAACCAUAACUAUAUGUUUAGGAGCUAUAACUACAUUAUUUGCAGCUAUAUGUGCCUUAACACAAAAUGAUAUUAAAAAAAUUAUCGCUUUUUCAACAUCAAGUCAGCUAGGCUUAAUAAUAGUAGCUAUCGGAAUUAACCAACCUUAUAUAGCUUUUUUACAUAUCUGCAUGCAUGCAUUUUUUAAAGCCAUACUAUUUUUAUGCUCUGGGUCAAUUAUUCAUAAUAUAAAAGACGAACAAGAUAUUCGAAAAAUAGGAUCGAUUUACAAAACUAUACCCCUCACAUCAUCCGCCCUAAUCAUCGGAAACCUAGCCCUAAUAGGAAUACCUUAUCUAUCAGGAUUCUAUUCAAAAGACCUAAUUAUUGAAGCCAUUAACACGUCGUAUACAAACGCCUGAGCCCUAACAAUAACAAUUAUUGCCACCUCAAUAACUGCCGUUUACAGCACCCGUAUAAUUAUUAUAGUUUUACUAAAAAAUCCCCGAUAUAAUACUAUAAUUUCAAUUAAUGAAAAUAAUAUGUAUAUAACUAAUUCUAUCAAACGUCUAAUAAUUGGGAGCAUCUUUAUAGGUUUUAUAUUUACAUAUAGUAUUAACCCCUUAUUUAUUCCCCCAACAACCAUACCCCAAUAUAUAAAAUUAAUAGCUUUAAUUGUAACCUUUAUUGGACUUAUAGUAGCAUUAGAUUUAAGCUUAAUAACCCAAUUUCUAAAAAUACCCUAUAAUUCUUAUAACUUCAAAUUUUCAAACCUAUUAGGUUACUUCACAUCUAUUAUUCAUCGCUAUCCUAUUGUUACAAGCCUAAAAUACAGCCAAAAUAUAUCCUUCUUCUUAUUAGAUCAAUCAUGAUAUGAACACAACUUACCAAUUAUAUUAAUCAAUUCUCACAAACAAAUAUCUAAGUAUCUAUCUAAACAAACAGGCCUAGUUAAAUUUUAUUUCUUAUCAUUCUUUAUCUCUCUAUCUAUUCUAUUGCCAUUAUUAUUACUCAUUGCUUAACCCUCACGAAUAAUUUCCAUAACAACAAUAACACAAAACACUAGCGAUCACCCAGAAACUACUACUAAUCAAGACCCAUAACUAUAUAAUGCAGUUACCCCCACUGCUUCUUCACUAAAAACCCCUGAAUCACCAGUAUCAAAGAUAACUCAAUCACCCUCAUUAUCAAAAUCUAAAGCAUAAUAUAAACCGGAACUAUUGCCCACAAUAACAUAAACUAUAAAUAGAAAUUCACUUAUACAACCUAGUAAUAAUGAACCUAAUAAAAUCUUAUUUGAAGAUCAUACCUCAGGAUAUUCCUCUAUCGCUAUAGCUGCCGUAUACCCAAACACAACCAACAUACCCCCUAAAUAAAUCAAAAACACUAAUAAGCCUAAAAACGACCCUUCACAACUUAUUACUAAACCGCACCCAAAACAACCACUAAUAAUUAACCCUAAACCCCCAUAAAUAGGAGAGGGUUUAGAAGAAAAACUAAUAAAACCUACCACAAAAAUUAUGCUAAAUAAUAGUAUCAGAUAAAUUAUCAUAAUUCUUACACGAAAAUUUUCGCGGCCUAUGAUAUGAAAAAUCAUUGUUGUAACUCAACUACAAGAACCUAA